AUGGCACAAAGAAGUAGUCAUUCUACAGGUAUUGAUUUCACUAAAUCAGAUUAUAGUCAACAACAUAAAGAGCAAACAGACGAUAAAACAAACUGCAUAAAACGAGUCAGCAAGCGUCUUCUUGGUUAUGCGAAGUCUAAAACUUGUUUAUUUGGGUUAGUAAUUGGUCUCUUAACAGGUGGUAUUGCUUUGGCUGCAGUUACAACUAUAUGGAAAGAUCCAAUUACUCCACGACGACAACUUCUUCGACAAGCACUAGUAGUACGAGUGCUACAACAUCAACAACUUCGACAAGCACUAGCACUACAUCAACAACAACAACAACUUCUUCGACAAGUACAAGUACAUCAACAACAACAACAACUUCUUCGACAAGUACUAGUACUACGUCAACAACAAGUACCACCAGUACUUCUACAACAACAACAGGUACCUUCAACUACAACAACUAAUCCAUUCACACCGUCGACAGUUACUUGUGCUAAUACUGUAGCAACACCUUGUACAACAACAACAACACUUGUGGCUAGUUGUCAAAGUUAUGAAGUUUCAUGGAAUAACCACUGUUAUUACCUCGAUGGAUCGGGUGGCAGUUGUAUAACUGGCUAUAGUCAAGGAACGAAUGCAGUUUUGACAUGUAUUGCGACACAGUUUAUAGGUAAAACAUAUCGAAGUACAAUAUCGAAUAAUUGCUGUGUUUGGACUUCAGACACGUAUGAAUGUUACGAAUUAAAUUCAAACUGUAAUUCAGCUGGACCAUUUACAGGUGCUCCAUCACUUGUUGGAUGUACUGAUGUUCAAAUAUAUAACAGUCAGCAAUUAACAUUCUGUGGUAGUAAUUAG